AUGGCCUGCAGCGCGGCAGUUAGCAUCCACGCUCCGGCAGCGCUCUUCUUCUCUACCCAAUUCCCGGCGAAACCCACUUCCAGUUUCCCCCGUUUCCCAGCGGUGUUUUUCGGCAACUCUGCCUCCUCCCUUUCCGGUCUCAAUCUGAUCGCUUCAGCUCCGGCAAGGUCGUCGUCUUCUUCUUCUGCAACCGCCCGCGCGACCAAGGCCAAUCCCACGGGAGAACAGAAGUGGACCUACGAAGGCUCCGUGACCGAAUCGCUUCCAAACGGUAUGUUCCGAGUCCGUCUGGAUAACGAGGAUUUGAUAAUCGGGUAUAUUUCGGGGAAGAUUCGGAAGAAUUUCGUGAGGAUAUUGCCUGGGGAUCGGGUUAGGGUUGAGGUGAGCCGGUACGAUGUUAGCAGAGGUCGAAUCAUUUAUAGACUGAGGAACAGAGAUCCCAGCUCUGACUAA